AGAGCUGUUCUUAUUCGGUUCUUCUUUCAUUUAAAUUUUGAAGCUACUUGCUUUGAAUUUGUAGACUGUUUAUAACAAGAUAAGUCGUUACGUUAUUAGGAGGAAUAAGAUUCUGAAUGACACAGGAAUAAUGACCAAAUCAAUCUCGUUUGACCAGGAUUCUUCACUUUGCAUUAACAUCUCCUCUCCUCGACUGCGGUGACCACAGGAGGGAGACAAAGCUUUUCCCCAACUCCCAUCAUUAGACCACAUGUACCGUGCAGUUGCAUUAGUGUUUUCUUAUUCUAUUCUUUUGGUCAUAGUGUUGGAUGAUUAAAUAGCUGUGAAAUGCACAAGUGUGGCGUUCAAAGGCCCUGUGUGAAAAUGUACUGUGAAAUACCUUAAACCACGACAUUACUUAAUUUUUUCACUUUUUCUAUAAGACCCACUGUCCAACCUGAGAAUGUCCAACCCACACGGCUGCCUUUUAGUGUUUUUCUUCCAAGAAUGACACCCUCCACGUCCAUUUAAAACCUGGCACAGGGAUUCCUGUGGAGAUAUGAGCCAAUCGGCUGCUGCUGGGGCGUAACCCUGCCUACUCUCACAAAGCAGGAGUAUGAAGUUUAGGUGUUUCACUGCUCGGCCGCUGUGAGAGAAUGGUGCAUCUCAGUGUGCACAGGCGCCGCAUGUUAUUGUCCAACUCUGGCUUCAGAUUGCUGCAACUUUAACCGCCGCAGGUUGACCAGUCAGCGCGGGUGUGUGCGCGCAAAGUUCCACGCGUGUCCUUUGCGCUUCCACACAGACACACACACGCACAACAAAUGGCUUGGAUUAACAACUGCCCGCAUCUGCACGGCUUUGGCGCUGCUUUGAUUGUACUGACGGUGAUUCUGACAGGUGAUGCUUUGGCGCAGGUUGUAGACAGCUAUGGAUUAUCUUACGCGCUCCGUUCGGAGCUGACAGAGGACACAAUACUGGUCGCCAAUAACGGGAUCCGCGUGCCUUUCGGGAGAUCAGUGUUUGUGGAUCCCAUUAACGAUCUGGUGGUUCAAGUUCAGCCCGGCGACAGAUGCAGUAUUACAGUGCUGGACAACGACCCGCUGUCUCAACGCCCUGGACACCUGUCACCCAAAAAGUUUCCCUGUGAAUUUGGUCCUAAUGACGUGAAAUACUCACACUUUGGCUCCAGGAGUCCUCCGAGGGACAGAGUGAGAUUACAGCUCAGGUAUGACACCCAGACGGAUACAAUCAUUAUACCAUUCAUGAUGGAGGUGGAAGUCGUUUUUACACAGCUGGAAAUACUCACCAAAAACAUGCCACUCACAGUUGAAAAGCUGCUGGGUCUGAGUAACCCUAUUGAUAGACGUAUUCUAGAAUUUACUUUUGACAGGGGUGCACACCAGUGUAAAAUAGCCUCCCUCUCCAGUGGCAGUGUGCUGCCCAGGUAUGGCAAACUGAUGGAUGGGGACGCCCUGGGAACAAUGGUCGACUGUGAUGACUUUAUUAAAAUGAACAUGCGUUAUCAGCACACUUUUGCUUUGAAGUCUCCAAACAGAGAUUACAUUCCAAUGGUUGUGGAAUUACAUGAUAAGGAGGGCAAUUUGCUCAAGCAGGAAUUUUUUCAAAUUUUGGUCCGGAUUAAAGAUGGAGAGGAGAACACAGCCCCUAAACCUAGCUUUGUGGCAAUGAUGAUGAUGGAAAUAGACCAGUUUGUAAUGACGGCCAUAACCAUGGACAUGCUGGCUGCCGAGGACGUGGAGUCUAGACCUGAUGAAUUAAUUUUCAACAUCACGUCCCCACUGUCUUUUGAGGAGGGCUACAUAGUGAGCACAGAUGAUAGGAAUUUACCAAUAACCUCAUUUUACCAGGGGGACAUAAAAGACUUGAAAAUCGCCUAUAAACCCCCCGCUGUGGAUUCAGACACUGAGCGGAUUUACCAGAUUGAGUUUGAGGUUGUGGACACAGAGGGGGCUGUGUCGGACCCUUUUGCUUUCAUGAUUGUUGUUAAGCCCAUGAACACUUUGGCCCCUGUGGUGACUAGGAAUACUGGCCAGUUACUCUAUGAGGGUCAGUCCAGGCCUCUGUCCAGCUCCCAGAAUCUGGAAAUUAGUGACGAGGACAAUUUGGACAAAGUCAGAAUCACUGUCAUUGACGGGCUGAGGCAUGGAGAUUUAACUGUUUUAGGUUCAAGAAGGAAAUUCUUUACACCAAAUGACCUGGAUGCUGGAAUAGCUAUUUAUCAACACGAUGGCAGUGACACUUACAGUGAUAAUAUUAUCUUCAGAAUGACAGAUGGCACAAAUGAGGUUGAGUUCCUGUUUCCCAUCACUGUUGUGCCCACAGAUGACGAACCACCCAUAAUCAAUGCCAACACAGGUUUGGUUUUGUUCAAAAAUCAAAUGAUGCCAGUUUCCUCUCUAAUGCUCAGUGCAGCUGACAUUGACUCAGAGGAUUCUACCAUAAAGUUCAUAGUAGAUGCUCCCUUCUCCACAAUUGGUCAGGUGCUGCUGCGUCAAUCCGAGGCCCCAGAGGACCCAUCAACCUGGAAGUUUAAUACAGAUGAUGAAAUGUAUGAGAAAGUGGUGUCUGAAUGGCUGCAGCAGGAUAUUACAGACGGGAAACUGUUUUACAAGCACAUCGGGCCCCACAGCACCAGCACCGUGAUGGAUCAGUUUAUGUUUAGAGUUCAAGAUGACAAUGACCCACCGAACCAAUCAGGUCAGACUGCAUUCAUUAUUAAAAUCCUCCCUGUUGAUGACCUCCCACCUGAACUCUAUCCUGGCACCACAGUGCAAAUGACUGUGCACGAGUAUCAGCUCACUUUCCUGCGGAAGAAAUUCCUCCGUUACACAGACCUGGACUCAGAUGAUCGGGAUUUAAAAUACACAAUCAUUCACCCACCAACUGACACAGACGAGAACAACCCUGUUGUUCUAGGGGCUUUAGUGUUAACUGAGAGGCCAAACACUGAAGUCACAUCUUUCACUCAGGCUCAAAUUAAUCACCACAAAAUAGCUUACAGACCACCUGACCUGGAGCUUGGAAUUACCACCCACGUUUUGCAGUUUCGAUACAUAGUGGAGGAUGUUUCUGGAAAUAGUGCAGAUGGGAUUUUCACCAUAUAUUUAAAACCUGUGGACAAUACACCGCCUCAGAUAACCAACUCUGGAUUCACUUUGCUUGAACGUGGCAGGCAUAUCAUUACCAGGACAGAGCUCUACACCUCAGACACAGACACAGACAGUCAGCAAAUUGUGUUCACUGUAACACAACCACCACUGCACGGUCAUCUCCAGUUUACAUUCACUGACAUGACAAAAGGAGACACUUUUAAACUCGAUGAUAUUGUGAGUGACAGAAUUUCUUACAUACAUAAUGGAGCUGAAUCAACAAUUGACUCAAUACAAAUAGAUGUCAGUGAUGGAGUCCAUGUCGUUCCGAUUGUUGUUAAAAUUAACGUCAAGCCAGUAGACGAUGAGAUUCCAAUCAUCACUCUGCCUGCUGGAACAAUUGGCUCCUACAUUGAUGUACUGGAAAAUGGAGCCACAGAAAUUACAAGCAGUGUCAUUCAGGGCAGAGAUGAAGACACAGAUGACCUUCGUUUGACCUUCAUUGUGGAGGACCCACCCUUAUUAGGUAAAAUUCUGGUGAGGGGUGUUCUAUCCAGCACAUUCACUCAAGCUGAUAUUAUUAAUGGCCACGUGGUAUAUGCUCAUACCAGCGGGGAGAUCGGGUUGGCCACAAAAGAGGACAUUUUCAACCUGACUCUGACAGACAUGUCUGAUGAGUGGACUGUGGGAGGAAACAAAAUCACAGGUGUCAGAGUUCAUGUCACUAUUCUACCCCUGGACAGCCAGGCUCCAGAGGUCUUUGUUGGACCACAGUUCACUGUUCUUGAGGGAGAGAAGAAUGUAAUACGCAUUCUUCACAUAAGUGCUGAUGAUGUCGACACCCCUUACGAUGACCUCCUUUGUACUAUCAUUGUACAACCAACUUCAGGCUAUGUAGAAAACAUCUCUCCGGCCCCAGGCUCUGAAAAAUCCAGGUCUGGAACAGCUAUUAGCGCUUUCACGAUCAAGGACAUCAGACAGAAUCACAUUUACUAUGUUCAAAGUAUCCACAGAGGGGUAGAGCCGGUGGAGGACAGGUUUACAUUCAGAUGCUCUGAUGGCAUAAAUUUUUCUGAACGGCAUUUUUUCCCCAUCUCCAUAAUCCCCUCUAAUGAUGAGAAGCCAGAACUGUACAUGAGAGAGUUUGUAGUUAUGGAAGGCAUGAACAUAGUCAUUGAUACUCCAAUCCUGAAUGGUGCUGAUGCCGAUUUCCCUGCUGAUCAGCUCACGUUCAUUAUCACCAAACCCCCAAAGCAUGGAUUUAUUCAUAAUCAGCUCACUACUGGCUCCGUCCCUGUCUUUAACUUCACCUUGGAUCAGAUAAGGGAGGCCUCCAGCAUAGUGUACGAGCACGAUGACUCAGAAACUACAGAGGACAGCUUUGAUAUUGUUCUCACAGAUGGGAAGUUCAGCGUGGAGAAAACAGUAUUAGUUAUGAUUAUUCCUGUGGAUGAUGAAACACCAAGAAUGGCCAUAAAUGACGGCCUUGAGAUUGAAAUAGGAGACGUGAAAGUGAUAGAUAAUAAUGUUUUAAAAGCAACAGAUCUGGACUCUGAAGACAGCACACUUACAUACAUUAUUCGCUACGGUCCUGGUCAGGGUUUCUUGCAGAGAACAACUCCCUCAGGAGAAUUGUUAAACAUCACAGUUGGAAUGAACUUCACUCAGAAUGAAGUGGAUCAAGGUUUGAUCGUGUACAUCCAUAAUGGACAGGAAGGGAUUCGGGACCUCAUCAAAUUUGAUGUUACAGAUGGAAUAAAUCCUUUAAUUGACAGAUACUUCUACGUGACUGUAGGUGGCAUUGAUAUGGUUUUCCCUGAUGUGGUCAGUAAAGGUGUUUCCCUCAAAGAAGGAGGCAGGGUGACCCUGACCACAGACCUACUCAGUACCAGUGACCUCAAUAGCCCAGACGAACACUUGGUUUUCACAAUCACUCGAGCUCCAGUGAGAGGCCACUUGGAGUGCACCGACACACCAGGGAUGCCCAUCUCAUCCUUUACACAGCUGCAGCUGGCGGGCAACAAAAUCUACUACAUUCACACUGCAGACGAUGAGGUGAAAAUGGACAGCUUUGAGUUCGAAGUAACGGACGGGUACAACCCUGUGUUCCGCACUUUCCGUAUUUCCAUAUCUGACGUGGACAACAAAAAGCCUGUGGUGACCGUGCACGGUCUGGUUGUGACUGAAGGGGAGAACAAACUCAUCACUCCUUUCGAGUUAACGGUUGAAGACAGAGACACCACUGACCGUUUCUUGAAGUUUACCAUUACCCAAAUCCCUGUUCAUGGCCGUUUGCUCUUCAACAACACCAGACCGGUCAGCUCCUUCACAAAGCUGGACCUGAAUGAGAACAUGAUUAGCUACAGGCAUGAUGGCACAGAGACGGCAGAGGACAGCUUCUCCUUUACUGUCACCGACGGAACUCACACCGACUUUUUUGUCUUCCCUGACACGGUGUUUGAGACUCGAAAAGCACAAGUGAUGAAGAUCACUGUACUCCCAGUGGACAACGGGGUACCACAGAUCAUGGUGAACAAGGGUGCCCCCACGUUACGUGUUCUGGAGAGCGGCCACCUGGGCUUUGUGAUCACCAGCAAAUCUCUUAAAGCAGAGGACAGAGACAGCAUUCGGAACAGCGUCACAUUUAGGAUAGAUGUCGCCCCUGAACACGGCUACCUGAUCAACCUGAGCAAGGGAAACGCCACAGUCACCACUUUCACACAAGCUGAAAUUGAUGACAUGAGCGUCUGCUAUGUUCUGACGGAUGGUGACGAUGCCACAAGUGACAUUUUCUCUUUUUCCGUUGUGGAUAAUGGAGGAAACUGGCUGAAGAACCAGCAGUUCCGAUUGAACUGGGCGUGGAUAUCUUUGGAGAAGGAAAGCUACGUUGUUGAUGAAGAGGUCAAGUACCUGGAGGUGGUGCUGAGACGUCGAGGCUAUCUGGGGGAAACAUCGUUUGUCAGUAUUGCUACCAAGGAUGGCAGUGCAGAAAAGGACAAAGAUUUCCGGGGCAAAGCUCAAAAGCAGGUUCAGUUCAACCCGGGUCAGACCACAGCCACCUGGAAGGUUAGGAUCCUGUCGGACAACGAGUACGAAGUGUCCGAGACCUUUCAGAUUGUUUUGUCCGAGCCUGUAAUGGCAGCACUGGAAUUUCCGGAAACUGCUACUGUGGAGAUCCUGGACCCUGGUGACGAGUCCACUGUGUUCAUACCCUCCUCCGUAUACCACAUUGAGGAGGAUAUUGGUGAGCUGCUGAUCCCAGUGCGUAGGAGUGGAGAUGUCAGUCAGGAGCUCAUGGUCAUCUGCUUCACACAGCAAGUUUCAGCCACAGGCACCGUUCCCACCACAGUGCUGUCCUACUCCGACUACAUCUCUAGGCCUGAGGACCAUCACAGCAUCCUGCGCUUUGACAGAGGAGAGGAGGAGAAAUCCUGUCGGGUUGUCAUCAUCGAUGACUCCCUGUAUGAGGAGGAGGAAAGCUUUAACGUCACCCUCAGUAUGGCGAUGGGCGGACGUCUGGGCUCAGAGUUUCCCACAGCUAAAGUGAAUAUCCUCACAGACAUCGAUGACGCUCCUGUCUUCUACUUUGGGAACACGGACUAUCAUGUGGAUGAGAGCGACAGCUACGUGGAGGUGCAGGUGUGGAGGACGGGGACGGAUCUUUCCAAAGCAGGAACCGUCACCGUGCGUUCCAGAAAGACAGAACCUGUCUCCGCCGAGGCUGGUGCAGAUUAUGUCGGCAUCAGUCGGAAUCUGGACUUUGCACCUGGAGUCACCAUGCAGACUCUACGAGUUACCAUCCUGGAUGACCUGGGCCAGCCUGUGCUGGAGGGGCCGGAAAGAUUUGAACUGGUUCUACGAAUGCCGAUGAGCGGGAUUCUUGGGGAACCAAGCAAGUCCACCAUCUUUAUCAACGACUCCGUCUCAGAUUUGCCGAAGGUACAGUUCCGUGAUGCUGUGUACGUGGGCAAUGAGAAUUCAGGUCAGAUUUCAGCCAUGGUGUACCGCAGCGGUGACAUCAGCUACAGGUCCACCGUCCGCUGCUACAGCAGACAGGGCACGGCCCAGGUCAUGAUGGACUUCAACGAGAGGCCCAACACAGACGAUUCCAUCAUCACCUUCUUACCAGGGGAGAUUGAGAAGGAGUGUGUACUGGUACUCGUUGAUGACACAGAGCAUGAGGAGGAGGAAGAACUCCGCCUGGUGUUGGGAAGUCCCAAAAGUGAAUCUCCGUUUGGAGCAUCCAUCGGGAAGCAGAAUGAGACGCUGAUCAAGAUAAAAGAUGACGCAGACAAGUCAGUAAUCAGGUUUGGAGAGACCAAAUUCAGCGUGAAUGAACCAAAGGAAAGUGGACAGGUGUCUGUGGUGAAGAUUUCGGUGCUGCGUGUGGGAGACACGUCUAGAGUGUCUGUUGUCCGGGUUCAUACAAAGGAUGGAUCUGCCACCUCAGGGGAGGACUACCAUCCAAUAUCUGAAGAGAUUGUGUUCAAACACGGUGACACCCAGCACUAUGUGGAGGUGGAGAUUCUAUACGACGGUGUCAGAGAGAUGAGGGAGUCUUUCACUGUUCAUCUGAAGCCUGAUGAGAACAUGGUGGCAGAAACAAAGCUGAGCAAAGCCAUAAUCUAUAUAGAGGAGACGAACAGCAUGGCAGAUGUCACCUUCCCCUCAGUGCCUCGGGUGGUUUCUCUGCUGCAUUAUGAUGACAUCCACAGGACCAGAGACUCCCUCCCUGUGGCUGGAUAUCCUGUCAUUUGUGUCACUGCUUGUAACCCCAAGUAUCCGGACUAUGAUAAAACAGGCUCCAUCUGUGUUAGCGAAAACAUCAACAACACUCUGACUCGUUACCGCUGGCUCGUCAGCGCCCCCACUGGCCCUGACAGGGUCACCAGCCCAAUGAGGGAGGUUGACUUUGACACCUUCUUCACCUCUUCCAAAAUUAUCACUUUGGACUCAGUCUACUUCCAGGCUGGCUCCAGGGUCCAGUGUGCUGCCAGGGCAGUGAACUCCAAUGGUAAUGAAGGUCUGGAACUUCUCAGCCACAUAGUGUCCAUCAGCAUGGAGGAGGGAAUGUGCCAGCCUCGUGUGGCAGGCACAGUGGGAGCUGAGCCCUUCUCUGCCAAGCUGCGCUACACAGGAGGAGAAGACAGUGACCAUCCAAACCUCAUCAAACUAACUGUCACCAUGCCCCACAUUGAUGGUAUGCUGCCGGUGGUGUCCACUCGAGCCUUGUCCAACUUUGAACUCACUCUCAGCCCCGAUGGUACCCGCGUGGGACACCAUCGCUGUUCCAACUUGCUGGACUACACAGAGGUGAAGACUCGCUACGGCUUCCUCACCGACGCCACCAAAAACCCUGAAGUGAUUGGUGAGACCGCACCGUACCAGUUCAGUUCUGCCCUCAGGGGAACCGGCACGCUGAGGUUCUACAGAAACCUCAACUUGGAAGCAUGUCUGUGGGAGUUCACCGGCUACUACGACAUGUCUGAGCUGCUCAGCGACUGCGGAGGCGCCAUUGGCACUGAUGGACAGGUUCUUAAUCUGGUCCAGUCCUAUGUCACGCUGAGAGUCCCACUCCAUGUGUCCUAUGUCUUCCACUCCCCUGUGGGAGCGGGAGGAUGGCAGCACUUUGACCUACAGUCUGAGCUGAGGCUAACGUUCGUGUAUGACACUGCCAUCUUGUGGAGGGAUGGUAUUGGCAGCCCACCAGAGGCUGAACUACAAGGCGCUCUUUAUCCAACCAGCAUGCGUAUAAAUGGUCAGGGCAGACUUGUGGUCAACUUUCGAACAGAGGCACGAUUCCGAGGGCUCUUUGUUUUCGCACAUCCAGCUUCACCAGUUUCAUCCAUGGUCAUGUGUCCGGAUCAUCCUGGAUUGACCUUCAAUCUAAGCCUUGUGCGAACUGAGCCGACGUACAACCAGCCCAUCCAGCAGUGGACUUUUGUGUCGGACUUUUCUGUCCGUGACUACUCUGGUACAUACACAGUCAAGCUGAUUCCCUGCACAUCACCAAUCAGUCUGGAGUACACUAUCCCACCUGUCUGCAAUCCCAGGGAGCCUCUGACCUUUGACCUUGAUAUCCGCUUUCAGCAGGUCAGUGAUCCUGUUGCUGCUGAGUUCAGUCUGAACACACAGAUGAUUUUGUUGUCUAAACGCACGCUCUGGCUCUCAGACGGCUCCAUGGGCUUUGGACAAGAGAGCGACACUGCAUUUUCACAAGGUGAUAUCAUUUAUGGCCGAGUGAUGGUGGACCCUGUGCAGAACCUGGGCGACUCCUUCAUGUGUAAUAUAGAGAAAGUGUUCCUCUGCACUGGAGCCGAUGGUUACGUCCCAAAAUAUAGUCCUAGCAACUUUGAGUUUGGCUGCUUGGCUGAUGCUCCGUCCCUGCUCUACAGAUUUAAGAUCAUUGACAGAGCUCAGCCAGAGACCCAGGCUCGCUCCUUCGGUGGUGUCAUGUUCAAUGCCUUCUUGGCAGUUGAUGACCCUGGAGCCCUGGUCCUGGUGAGACAGCCUGGCUCUGAUGGUUUCAGGAUGGAUUCUGCAGCUCUCUUCCAGGUGUCUGCAGGGAGAGAGUGGUACAUUCACACCAUCUACACCGUUCGCUCACGUGACAACGCCAACCGUGGCAUUGGAAAGAGGAGUCUGGAGUAUCAUGUAAUGAGCCAGCACACAAUUCAGAUUCCAAAGAAACCACAGCGCACUCCUAGAUCAGCCAAUGAUGUGCCAGAGAUCGUGGACGAAAUCGGCGUGAACAACAACCGUGGCACCAACAUCCUGCACAUCGCGUUAGACCGUAGCAGUCAACGCCGGACGAGCCCAGAGAGGGAAAUCUUUACCAAAGGAAUCAUCCCCCACGAGGUAAACCAGAGAGACAAUGGCGGCGACAGACUGGUGCUGAUCAUCGGCGUCUUUGUCGGCCUGCUCCUCACUGUUCUCAUUGCCAUCGUGGUGGCCUUACUGGUUCGGUCUAAGCAAGAGAAAAAGGAUGUAGCUAAGACCUCGGGCAGCGCAGAGCCCAUGAUGACACAAGCCCUCAGUAACAGUGACAGCUCAGAGGUGUAGCCCUUCUGACGGACUGACAGGUUCAGUUUACGUUCUUUUUCUUUUGCAAGUGCCUCAUUUUUCACAAGAGUUGACGAUUGUGUCAAACAACACAAAAACGACAAGAGCUUUGAUUCCUUUCCAAAAUCUACUUGAAAUACAGGAAGACACUCAUUGCCUGGACAAAAACUACGAGAAAGACGAUGUUAUUAGCUUUUUUUUUAAAGGCACUUGUCAAGUUGUUGUCACUCUCCUCUUCAUUUGCUUUUGAAGGCAUUACAUCCAAAAAACAAGUUGUUUUUCCAAAGGUGCUGCAAGAAGAUGCCUGUGCAAUCGGGAGUGUUACAGAAUUUAAAAUAUUCACUGCAUUAAAACACCAAUGAUUAGUUGCUACACUGGAUAAAUGUUAUCGCAGAACAGGAUUUUACAGUUCCUGAUGGUCUGGAUCUGUGUGGGUAAGCAGCGAGUUGAUGGGCUCAUCAUUGGUUCUGGGUUAGUGUUGUACUAAAUGUCUACAUGUUCCCUGUUUAAAACCACACUCCUGUCCAUACUAGUGUAAUCAAACUAGAGCUCUAUGGUACACAGAGGCACCUGCUGGCUGGGGUGGGAUCAGCACAACAUCCAAAUCACACAUAUUUUUUGCAGAAUAUAAUUUUUUGUGUUAUUGUUUCCGCAUGCAUUUUAUUUUUAUAUUUGUUUUAAUAUGUAAAAAGCAGCAUCUCACUACUGAAUGAAUACAAUUGUGAAAUACGCGUCUGACCUGCUGGGUUUUCAAUAACUAAUUUCCACAAUUUCCACAAGUUGGCCCACAUUUCAAGAUAUUAAAACACUGUACAAAUUACAAAUUAAAAAAAAAAGUACCAAGAUAAACACAAUAUAUUGUAGGUCAUUAAUUUAAUCUUGA